UAUUUUAGAGAUACCUCAGUGACGACCACCCAGAUUUUCUUGAACGACCUCAACACCAUUUAUGGUAAAUUCAAUGCCUUGUACGCGAUUCACCCUAAGCAAAAACGCGGCCUUUUUAACGGUUUGGGUACUGUCAUAAAAAGCAUUACUGGAAAUUUGGAUCACGACGAUGCACGUCAUUAUAACCAAGCCAUACAAACAUUACAGGAAAAUCAAAAUCUAAUUGGAAAUAAAUUGAAUUCUGGAAUUAGCAUUAAUAAACAAAUGUUAGAAUCAUUCAAUAACACGUUGUUAGCUAUGAUCUCUAACGAAAAUAAAAUUCAUGUUGCCUUGAACGAAAUCAUAAUUACUAUUAUGACAUCAUUACUUGUGGUUCCUUUUAUGCAGAGAAUAGAGUCGUAUUUGCAUUGAAAUUUCCUGUAAUGUACAAGAAUACAUACACCUACUACCAUCUAUUUCCCACUCCGACUUAUAAUUCGACCAUUCUGAUCCCUCCUAAACCUUAUAUGGCAAUGAACGACGAGAAACACCAGUACAUGGAACAAGAAUGUAAACGUUUCCAAGAAACAUAUUACUGUGAAGAAACCUUUUUUACCUUGGCAUCAAAGCCCGACGAUUGCAUCUACUCGCUGAUCCUAAACCAAGAAAUUUCUGCUACCUGCCAAUAUACAGCAUUUACGAGUGACUUUGAGAUGCUUCAAAGAUUAGACGACUACCAUUACGCAAUAACAUGUCCGCGACGAACAAAAUUACAACUCUUAUGCGACAGCGAAGAAAUUAGAUUUAUCCAAGGAACCUACCUGAUUGAAGUCCCCGAAGGCUGUAUGUUCACCACCGCAAGUUCAUCUGUUAAAAACUACAAAAAUGAAAUUAAAGGCCAAGCUAUUAAGCUUAUUUCCUUCCAAAUGUCAAAUAUUAGUAUUAGAAAUACUGCACAACCGUUGAAACUGGAAAGAAUUCCUCUGGAACAAUUGUAUAAACUCGAAGCUCUCCUAGAAAAGGAGGAACCAUUGCGACAACUGCGAACAAUUGACAUCAAGGAUAAUGACCACCUGUAUUGGAUCAUACCUUUAUACGCACUCAUCGCCGUAGCCGCCGGAAUACUGCUUUGGAGGAAACUAAAAACACGUCGGUCAACCACGAUCCCGAAUGUCCAGGACGUCGAGUUGGCCCCUGCUGGCCAGCCCUUCUUCACGGGAAGGUCUUCUCAGUGAUAAGGGGGGUGUUAUGUGUGUGCGCGUGCUGAUUAAGUAGUGUAGCUUUUAAGCCAUCGACGCGACCGUCGACAGUUCGUUCCCAACUUCGGACGCGCUCGGUACCGAUCAAUCGGUAAUUAUUGUCGGGACAAUUUGUAAUUUUAACUGAUUAAACAAGUAAACCUUG